AUGAAGAGUGUACCACACGCCCUGGAAAAAGUCCUGAGGCGGAUAGUUUUGGAGUUAUUGAGUGAAGAUAAUUUGAUGUCAUUACACACAUAUAGCUAUUCCAAGGGUGUCGCCUCACCAGAGCGUUUUGUACGGACUCGAUUAUACUUCACGAGUGAGAGUCAUCUGCAUUCCAUUCUCACCUGUCUGGAACAUGGAGGUCUGGCAGAUGCGGCCACAGAUGAACAGUGGAAACGAGCAAUGGACUACGUGAGCACUGUGCCCGAGCUCAACUACCUCUCUCAGGUGGUCAUUAUGAUCUACGAGGAUCCUACUGUGGAACCCAAAACCGAGAAGAAAUUUCAUGUAGAAUUGCACUUCAGUCCCGGAGCGCAUGCCCUGUGUCGAGAUUUGCCCGCUGGCUCGGGUUUUAGACCUGGUCGACGAGAGAUACUUCUCUUCUCUGAAAUUAAUCUUUUUUUUUCAUUUAUUCCCUCCAUUCCUCCCUCUCCACCCAUCCUUCCUCCUCCUCCAUCCCUCUAUUUUUUUUAUUUUAAUACGGAAAUUGCAUGUCCUGCUUUGCUUUAUUUGAUUUCACACCCACUUUUACUUCACAUUGUUCGAAUGUGUUUACACUCUCAUGCUUCUAACUUGUGUGCAUGGAACCAGAACGGUUGUUGCUCACAGACCAGCUUGCUUAGUAGCUCCACCUCCCUUGCCGAGACGAGUUUUGACUCAGCCAGUGAGCAUGCGGGUGUGGAUGCCACCUCAGGCCACUCUCCUCCUACAGCCUCCUCUCGCAAAAUCGUCUUCUCCUCUCGUAAUCAAUCAGUAGGCAAGACAACCGUGACUAGUUGUCGCAGUCUCUGCAUUGAUCGUUCACUCCCCUCUGAUUUGCACGAAGUUGGCAGAAUUUCAGAACCGCCAGCUGCUACCACCAAUACUACUACUGCCACUAGUGGUGCUACCACCUCUACCAUCAACAAGGUGUCAAGCAAAUUGCAUUGUGAGAAACACCGAAAAAGUCAACGGUUUUCACGACAAACUUCUGCCAUCUACCGUCCUAAAGAAAACGUCUCGGGUCUGUGUUACGCCAAUGUGGUGAAUCAGGACGCAGUAAUGGGGCAUCGAUCACGAAUGCAUGAGUUGUGGUUGGAUAAUAUGCGAAAUUUGCAUCGUCAACAACAAAACAACCUUAAACGCGGAUCUGAGCGUUCUAUGAGCACAGGACCUAUGGUGGAGCAUGCCGUGAGUGAAGGUAAUACGACAUGGCUAGAAAAGACGCUUACAACUCUAUGCAAACCUCCUCAACGUGCACUUGAUUUGAAUGGAGGAAAUGCUUCACAGCCUCCAUCGAGACCCACUUCAGCGCAUUUAUCUCAGAAACAUGGCAGAUUCACUGUCACCUCCUCACAAGAGUCGUCAUCAUCAAAACCACAACCACUUGGAAAUCCACGGAGUCCAUCUUGGUUCACUGAUACUAUCGAUUUGGAUGAGGAUGGUAUUGCAAUAACUGGAGAAUCCGAGGUUUCCACAUCUCAUUCCACUCUUGAUUUGGCUGUUGCUACGCCCUUGGCUAGUAAGAGGUCAUCGCCAUCAUCGAAUUCACCAUCAUCAAAGGUAGAAAAAUCGAGAUACUUUUCGGCAACAACUCCAGGCUCUCCGGUGAAGUGGCGUUGUCGAACUGAUGUCUCUCCACUCUCUACUAUCACCACGCCUAUCUCACGACGCAUGAGUUUUGGUGAUCAACCACCAGAAUUCUGUCCACUUCAGAAGAAGUCCUCAGGCAUUGGAGUAGAGAGUGGCGGUGCAAAAGAGGGCGGUGAAGAAGGCGGAGAUGGCACCGAUGAGACUUCGGCCACAAUAGCACAAGUCUAUACCUCAUUAGACUCAGUGAAACCAGAUCGGGCAAAGGAGUUAUUUAAUCAGGGCGCACCAGUGGCUCAGUGGUUGAUGGAGUACUUUGAUCAAAUUGAGAAAGCCAAAUGGAACAAAGUUGGAUCUCAAGGGGAUGAAGAUGAGACAGGGGAGGUGGAGGUGGAGGUGGAGCAACAAGAGCAUCGAGGAUCCCUUAAACCCGUUGAUUAUAAACCCAUUCUCUCUGCAGCUGACUAUCUCAAGGCCGAUGCUUGUGCCUCAGUGGUAGAAUGGAUUCCAAAGGCAUCUAGUUGUCAUGACAAUCAUCGAGGGCUGAAUUCCGCAGCACUGUGUCAAUGGUCGGAUCGCGACGAAUGUGAUUUGCAUUUCUCGAUUUCUCCAACAUCUGUUUCUUUUUGUCCCAAUUUGGCAGACCAAACAAUGCCAUCACGCACGGAAGAUGUUCAAAUGAUGCCUAAGAAGCCUUUUGAAAACACAUUAGAAGGGGAUGUGGAAGUGGAGAAUAUUCCAAUUUUGAUGAGGAAUUCUGUGCCCAAGGCAGUGCACAUUGAAGCACCAUCAGACAAUUCAAGGGAGGGCUCUUCCAAUGCCCUGCAUCAUGAUGUUAAUGGUCUGGAUACGAAAGAGUUAAAUGCUCUCACCUAUCCAAACUAUCAAAUGCAAAUCGACUUCAAGGAUACAAGCUCUCCCUGUUGCAAAAGACGUCAUCGCGGGCUCAUCAGCACUGCAGUGAUUCGUGGAUCACGCGACACUUAUUCAAGCAGUGUUCCUGACCUCGUCCAGCUACUAAAUUGCUCCGACAGUGAUGGUCAAUCUCAGACUGAAAGUAUGCCUCCCCAAAACCCAGCAGACCUUAUGGUACCCAGUGCACCAAGCGUGCCAGAGAUCUAUCCACUGGAGACGCUGCACAACGCAAUGACUUUGCAUCAAUUGGAGAGUUUCUUCACCCGAUUGACAACUACUAAGUUUCCUUCUCCUUUUACCUCUCCUUGUCUCUCCUCAGCCGGGGCUGGGGGUGGAGGAGUCAGCUCCGUCUCGUCCGCAGAGCACGUUAGUAAGACGAACUCGGAGGCAACGCGUGGCCGAUACACUCCUGCUCCAGCCCCCAUGGACAGGAACGCAACACCUUCCUCACCAUCUACUUCUAACACCUCUACAUCUUGCAGCACUCAUGCAGAAACUAGACGGUCUGCUUCGGAACCUGGAGAAUUCGUGACUGCCGCCUCGACGGCUACAGUGAUGAAGGCGGCCAGCUACCCUUCUGAGCAGUAA